AUGACGGCCCCAGAAAGUGCGGACAAGUUCUACGAAGCCGCAUACGGACUGCCGCCGCACGUAUUCGUCUCGGUGCUAUUGACAAAUUCUUUGCACGCGCUGCCUAAUUUUCUUGGGUACCUAGAACGUCUGGACUAUCCUAAAGACAGGAUAUCGCUAUGGUUCCGUACAGACCAUAAUGUGGAUGGAACAGCAUCAGCCCUCAAGCACUGGUGUAGGAGAGUGAGAGAGCUGUACAAGUCGGUGGAUUGCCAUGCCUCAGACACCUGGACUUACCCCACCAGAGACCCCUACUCCACAUCAAUCAAUCGCUCCAAGAACAAGGCUCGACUUAGACAGCAGGCUCUGGAGGCUGCACUGACAGCCAGGGCAGACUAUCUUUUAUCAUUGGAUGUGGAUUGUUUCCUUGUCAACCCAAAGACUCUUCAUACACUUAUGGCACAAGACAAGACUAUUGUUGCUCCCAUGCUGGAUCCUCCCAAAUCUUCAGCUGGUUCGAACUUUUGGAUGGCCAUGGAUGAAAUGGGUCAGUAUGCGACUGAUGACCUAUACAUGGGUAUUGUUCAGAGAAAGAGAGUUGGCUGUUUCCAGUGUCCUCUGGUGUAUGGAGCUGUCCUGGUCCACCUGGCCUCUCCAUACGCUGAGAACCUUGUCUACCAUCCCCCGCACCCCAGGUUCAUAGGACGUGUGGAUGAUGUCAAACAGUUUGCCUUCUCUGCCCAGGAUGAAGGUGUUGGAAUGUACAUUCUCAACACUGAGUUCUUUGGAUUCAUAAUGCCAAACAAGAAGAAUACAAACAUCAAUGAAGCCUCAGACGACUUUUUCCAGUUCAAGAUCAACACCCUUGCUACUCAUCCACCAUUGAUCUACUCAAAGUAUGCCAAGAGACAGCGACCUAACGUAAGAAAUGCCGCCAUAGGACUUGACGCAAUUUACCUGGUGAAUCUAGCUCGACGACCAGAACGGAGGGCAAGAAUGACAACCCUGCUAGACGAAAUUGGAUACAACUACACCAUUUUUAAUGGCAUUGAUGGAAGGCAAAUGCUUGAAGAGAAGCAGGAGACUAUUUUGGUGAUGGAAGAUGAUGUGAAGUUCAAAACAUUCUUCAGCAGAGGACUGUCAGAAGUCAUCCUGGAGGCCAAUAGAUAUGUUCCUGACUGGGACCACAUGCAGGGAAAGAGGUUGGAGUUGCACUAUCCGCUGAGAAAUCUGAACAGCUACUCAGCUCACCCCACUCUGGUGCACCCCACUCAUUUCUAUGGAGACAAAGGCUACAUUAGUGAUACUGGCUACAGUCUCAAUUUUAUAUCUCACUGUAUAUAG